AUGACUGACUCCACGGUCAAGGAUACUACCAUGGCCGCUAAGAAUACAGGCAAAGAAGGCCAGGUCGAUGUUCAACUCGAGGACAAGGCCGACGCCCGCGAGGAGCACGUCUCGCCUCGCGAUAUUCAGGGGCAAUUCGACCUUCUGCGCGACCUCAGCGAUGCUGAAAUGGAAAAGUUGAACAGAUCAGUUGUCAAGAAGAUCGAUUGGCGUAUGAUGCCCUGCAUCACUAUUAUGUUUCUCAUGAAGCUGGGGGGCUUACAGGAAGACCUCCACAUGACGGAUACGGUAUGGAAUACGGGAAUCUCAACUUUCUAUAUUGGCUAUCUUGUUGGCCAACUUCCUGGCAACCUAUGGCUAGCCAAGGCGAACCCUCGAUGGUUCCUCCCGUCAGUCAUGAUGGCGUGGAGCGCCGCGACCAUCUGCAUGCCUGCCAUGAAGAGCGGCGCUGGCUUCGCUGUCUGUCGCUUUUUUAUUGGCCUUGCUGAGGCACCCUUCUUCCCUGGUAUCACCUUGAUGACAUCCUCUUGGUAUACAAAGGCGGAGAAUCCUAUGCGCAUGGCCAUCUGGCAUGCCGGAAAUACCAUCUCCAACAUUCUGUCUGGUUUCCUGGCAGCGGGUAUCCUGACAACCAUGGACGACAUUGGUGGCCUGCAUGCCUGGCAAUGGUUCUUCAUCAUCGAAGGUGCUGCAUCCAUCCUUGUGGCUCUUGCUGCUUUCUAUUUGCUGCCCGACUGGCCGCACAACACUCGCUUUUUGUCUCCGGCCGAACGAGAAAUGGCCCAAUAUCGAGUGCUCUGCUCCAAUGGCGGAAAGGAUGAAGGCAUCGGCGGCACUUGGGACGGCAUCAAGGAAGCUAUCAUGGAUCCUUUCACGUGGUUCUUUUGCCUGAUGCACUUUGCCUUGGUCACUGCUCAAGCUUUCAAGGAUUUCCUCCCUUCGAUCGUCAAAACUUUCGACUUGGGCGAGCUCACGACCUAUUUCAUUCAAGCGCCUCCUUAUGCUUUUGCAUAUGCGUUUGCAUGCGCCUGUGCCUGGUCGUCAGGACGCCGUCAGGAGUCAUUUUGGCAUAUUGUCAUUCCCAUCAUCGGGAGCAUGAUCGGUUGCGCAGUGCUCAUCUCGACGGAGAACAUAGGCGCCCGCUACUUCGGCCUCUUCCUUCUCAUCUCCGGCACCUACAACGGCCUCAAUUUGCAACUGUCUUGGGAGACGACCGUCGUGCCGGCACCGCGAAGCAAGAAGGCUGCCCUGAUCGCCAUUGCCAACUGCAUCAGCCAGUGCAGCCAUUGGUUCAGCCCUUACUUCUGGCCCCGUGCCCAUGAGCCCUUUUAUCGCCUUGGCGGCGGGCUCGUCCUAGUUGGUUGCGUGCUAGUUAUCGUCUCAGCCGGACUCGCAAGGUGGCGUGCGCAGAAGCUGAACAAGAAGCUGGACAUUGCCGAGGGAUGGUCGGAGCAUUCGGGCGUGGAGCGGGGCUGGAGAUUCGUAUACUGA